AUGAAAAAAGAUUCCAAACGAAGUUGUCUUGUGCUUCUGGGGGCGUUCUUCCUUGCUGGGAUCCCGUUGGGGAUAGUCAAUUGUUUUGGUGUUUUAUUUACCAGCUGGACAGAAGAAUUUCAGGAAAACAGAACAACAAUUGCGAAUACGGAUGACGCAAGGGGCGAUACGGAGAAAAAUUCCGUGAUCACGUGUCAGAAAUCUAGCUUUUUCAUUGGACAGUUUGAAUUCGAGGUUUCAUUUAGCUCCUGGAUUGGCUCGUUUCAUUUCAUUUGGUUCAUGUGUUUAUGUCCAGCUUGUGGUAUUUUAACUCGGAGUUUCAGUUUUCGACCAAUUGUCGUCCUAGGAAGCACUCUCUUAUGUCUUGGUCUAUUACUCAGUUCAUUUGUGAAGGACAUUCCACUGUUCUACCUGACAUAUGGCGUAAUAUUUGGCACUGGGACAUGCCUGUUAUUUAUGUCAAGCAUAAUAGUUAUGCCAUUUUGUUUCGAGAGACAUUUAGCCGCAGCAACUGGGGUGGUGACCUCCGCAAAUGGCAGUUUUCCAAUGUGCAAAAAGCAAAUACCUCGUGAAAAGCAAAAUGACUUGAAUAUUAGGAAAUCGUUUGGUAGAAUGUUAAAAAAUAAAGGAUUUCUACUUUGGUUGUUUCUGAUGACAUUGGUGUAUCUUGGACUCUUUGUUCCUCAGAUGCAUUUGAUAUCAUUCUGUAAAGAUAUUGGCAUACCAACUUACGUCAGCGUAUACAACAUUACCUUGAUGUGCGGCAUGGAGACAGUUGGAAAGCUACUUUUGGGAAGGAUGAUCGAUAAACGCAAAUGGAGUGUUCAUACUUAUAACAUUUUGGCACUAUUAGUCCUGGCUGUAUCCAUAACAUUGCUACCUUUAGCAAAAACUUCAACUCAUAUAUUUCUCUUUUCAAUUUUCUUUGGUCUUGCCUAUGGAGUUCAGUGUUUGUGCGUCAUUAUUAUAACUCCUGAAGUGCCCCACCCGGAUGACGCGAAGCACGCAGUGACUUACUUAUUUGGGCUCCUCAGUAUACCGGGUGGGUUUGAACCAGUUUUAGCAGCAUGGAUAUUCGACAUCACCCGCUCUUAUCGUUUAGCAUUUUUUAUUGCUGGGGGAUUCAUCGCUUGUGCUGGUUGUCUUGCAAACCUAAUUCAACUGAUAACGUCGAAGACUACAAACCGUAGUUUGGUAUUUGAUUCAACAGCAAAAGCGCAUAAUAUUGAUGCCAUGGAGGUUAAAGAAAACGGGUGUUGA